AUGCAUUCUGAAACAUCUUCGGCGACGGAUUCAGUGAACAAGAUAAACCUUUCGCAGAAGCUCUCCGAGCUACGGAAGGCAAGGCAAAGCAGAAGCAAGAGCCGGACCCCUUCCAGAGACCCAACUCCGGAAACCCCUUCUCUACCACCUCCACCGGACCUAACAUCUCAUUCCUAUACACAACCUGUCCGUCGGAUCCUAUCACCAAAAGAUCAUGAAAUCUUUCUCUCAUCUCCUACCUAUUCCCUUAUCCUCGCGUUCGUCUUUGGCCUCUCCGACACAGUGCGGGGACAUGCUAUCGUUGCAGACCAGCCUACAUCUCCCCAGGUAUCGAAGAUACUGGAAAUUGUGGAUCUUAUGAAGUCACUUGUUGAAAGAAACCCACCUGUCGAUCAAGGCGGAUCUAGAUUCGGCAACCCGGCUUUUCGCGCCUUGUUUGACGAUGUGGCAACGCAGUGUAUCGGAUGGCAUCGGGACAUUCUCGGGCUCCAGGAUCCAGAAGCCGUCAAAGAGAUAUCUACCUAUCUUAUCCACUGCUUGGGAUCGCGGGACCGACUGGAUUAUGGAUCUGGACAUGAGUUGAAUUUCAUGAUGUGGUUGCUCUGUCUUUACGAGACCGGGCUUAUCAACACCUCGGAUUUCCGGGCGGUUGUAUUCCGUAUCUAUAUCAGUUACAUGCAGCUCAUGCGCCAGAUUCAGACGACAUACUACUUGGAACCAGCCGGGUCCCACGGCGUCUGGGGCUUGGAUGACUACCAUUUCCUGCCUUUCCUUUUCGGUGCCGCCCAGCUCGUGGGCCAUGCGUAUAUUACUCCGUUGUCUAUUCAUAACACGGCGAUUCUGGAUGAAGAAGGGGAUAAAUAUAUGUACCUGGACCAGGUGCGAUGGGUGGACAGCGUGAAGACCGUGAAAGGGCUGCGAUGGCAUAGUCCCAUGUUGGAUGAUAUCUCCGGCGCCAAGAGUUGGAGAAAAGUGGAAAGUGGAAUGAAGAAGAUGUUCGUUAAAGAAGUUCUGGGUAAAUUACCCAUCAUGCAGCAUUUCCUGUUUGGCAGUCUUCUGCAAGCAGUAGAAGGCAUGGGAGAAUCUGACGAGACCGAAGACCAAAACGGCUGUGUACAUGACCAUGCAGGCCACGAACAUUCAGAUUGGUUUGGCGACUGCUGUGGUAUCAAGGUGCCUAGCACAAUAGCAGCCGGUGCUGAGAUGAAGAAACGGAUGGGAGGGACGGGUCUGCGGCCGAUUCCGUUUGAUUAG